CAAGCGGAGAGGAAUCAUGUUGCCUGAUUCUACCGUAGCUUCAUGGUGCUCCAUGGUUCCAAAUUAAUCAGGACGUGAUCAUUGAUUGAGGUAAUUAUGGAAUACUCCAUGAUGCAAGAAGACGGUGAAGUGUGAUUGGUUCAUUCUAAAUUCAGCUUUCCUGUUGAUGCGUGGAUCAUGCCGAUACUUUCCUUCACUAUGUAGAAGUCCAUGUUCAGCCGGGCUGUGCCCUUUGUACACGUGGGUUCAGUGUCAAUAAAUAGAAGAAGUAUGGCUACAACUUGGGUGUCCUAAUAAUGUAACGCCAGCUAGUAUUGGGAUUGGUGGAGUGUAUGCCAGAGGGUAUUCAACACAAGACGUCUGCAGUGUGUGAUGAGUACGUCUAGUAUUAACAACAAGCAUCAGUUGUGAAGGUAGUAGCUUACUAAGGAUUGAAGGGAGGAUGAGGUUUCUCAGAUACAAACUCAGUCGUCUCUGUCGUUCAAGAAUUGUCAGUAUUCUUGUCUCUGCUCUUGGUUUGGCCUGUUUCUCUCUAUAUCUUACCUACCAGUCCAAUUCCAUGAUGCUUCUUAAAUCUCUCAGUAGUAGUGAGACAAUGGAUGAAACACUAGAGAGAACGUUGAAACUAGAUGGCAGAGCCUCUGUCAGAUCCAAAAACAUCUUAGAGGAAGAAGUGAGAUUAAAAGAUGACAUUAUGAAGAAAAGGAAAUCUCGGCAGAAGGAAGACAUUAUGAUUGAGGAGAGUCCCAUUUAUAAGCACUUAAUACAGCUGGAAUCAAUGCUUAUGGAACAAAUCAAAACGGCAAAGUCAAGAUCAAUCGAGGUCAGAGGUCAAACUGAUGUCAUCAACCGUGACCUCCCACUUUAUGAAAAGGCAUUCACCAAACAGGGAUUCAUUGUCAGGCAACCCAGCAUUGACAGAGUGGAUGAUGGGAAUAACACACUCACUGCACAGGAACGGGGGCCACUGCAGGUGGUAUCAUCUACUGAUUGGGAAGGAUGGAUGGUACUACUCUGUUUAGCUUUCACUGAUGGAGAUUCUGUAGAGUGUCUUGAGAGGACUUCAUUUACUAAAUUACACUCUGGCCAAAAGAUCAAUAGAAUACCAGGACUUCGAAACGUUUUAUGGAAAAAGGAUGGCUUCUGCUACACAAUGAACCAUGCAAGAAAAAUACCUAUGAUGAAGCAGAGUCACAUUACUCCAGCGUGUUGGGUGAUGCCAAGUCAGUAUGAUCAGUUCUUAGGAGUAGCUGAUGCAUUAGGUGAUGAGGUUCAAUGGGUCUUUAAAUCUACUAGUCCUGGAGGGAACAUACAGGUCCUACAACCUUCCAAAGAUAGAGAUUAUUCCAAAAUUAGAGAAUUUCGUUAUAAGAAGGCUGUUGUUCAGCAGUAUUUCCCCAACCCUCUACUGGUCUUUGGCAUGCCAAUCAACAUCAGAGCUUACGUCUUAGUUACAUCAAUUAAUCCACUCAGGGCUUAUAUACACUCUGAAGGAUUGGUUCACUUUAGGCAUGACUACCAGCGAGGUUUCAAGAAGAUUCCCAACAGAACGUGGUAUCUUGCACAGUUCAAGCAUUACCUCAAGUAUAACUUUGGUUAUGAUGCAGCUGAGAUAGCUUUCCAGAAUCUAGCUACAGUUAUUGUUGAGACUUUACUAGUUGCAGAAUCUUCUCUGGUAUCCCACUUUGGCCGCUUUGCUAAACAGCCUUGGGAUGAGCACUAUAGAUGCAAGAAUUGUUUUCAGCUUCUUGGGUUUGACAUCAUCUUUAACUCUACUCUACAUCCCAUGGUUGUUGAGGUGAAUGGUCAGCCCCAUCUACACACAAAUCAAGAUACCAAUGGCUGGGCUAGUACAACUAUUAAGCAGAAUGCUGUAGAUGAUGCCGUUUCAAUUCUUCUUUCCCAAACAUUAGUAGCUAAAGAUGUAGCCCAUGCAUUGGAGCAUUUACACCUCAACGUUGGAAUAUUAGGUGUAAACUGCCAUGCCAAUAACCAGAUGUGCCUGACUAGAGAAGAUUUAGAAUAUUUACUAGCAACAAGGAGAGAGACUCUGAAUAAAGGCAGCUACCAACAGCUUUACCCAUCUUACUCGAGCCUGAAAUACAACAGCCUCUUACGAGAUGUUCAACGUUACCUCUCAUCACGGUUACAGCUUGAUGACAUACCCCUCUACAACCACCAGGGGGCGCUAUUUACAUCACCUACUAGCAGACACAGCACAGCUGAACUUCAGAAUGUUGUUGCAAACCUAGAGCAGCAUUAUUGGGGCAGGGAUAGACAGAGCUUGGCUGAGGAUGAUAUACAAAACAACUUUGGCAAUGGAACUGGGCAGCAACGUCUGAUGGCAAGAUCUAAUGAAGUUUUGAUUAGCAAUGUGUUUGAGAUUGAUCCAAUGCAUAAAGAUCCAAGAUACCAUAGACCAAGAUGUAGUGAUGAUCCUACAACUUUGUCUGAACUUCUAGACUUUCGUACUGAUCCAACUAUAAUUCUGAGCCCGACCUUUGACCCCAAGGUGACCGAGUACAAGGCAAUGGUUCCACAUGACGUCACAUUAAUCAAGGUUUGGGGCUUUGCAAGAAGCUGUGACAGUGAGGCGAGGGUGGAAGAUCGCUAUGGAAUAUCAAGGCCAACUAAUUACACCCUUGGUAUUGGUGAGAAUCGAAUCAACAUGUUAGUAGUUGACAUAACUCAUUCUGAACCAUGGGUCAUGAAUACAUACACAGUUACUGUAUAUCGUAAAAGCAUCAUGGAGGAUGAACUUGCUUUUGUUGGCAACAAGAAUCAUCAAGUUUGUAGCUUAGUACAGGAAUGUAAUUUGCAGUUCAUACCUGGCUCAUCCUGUGGUCUGAAUCUAGUCCCAUCAUUGAGCUGGGAGGACUAUGUCAAGUCUUACAAAAACCUCCCUCAGUGUAAAAGUGGUGACAUUCAAGGGAAAUGGUUAGUACCUUGCCACCGCUGUAUUGAUAGAACAAGUUGUUAUUGGAAGGAGGCCAAGUGGCAGCCUCAAGGAUGCCGGCACCAGACUAUUAAACCACUGGACUUACAGCAGUGUCUCGCAGGCAAAAAGAUUCUGUUUAUUGGUGAUUCAACUAAUCGUGGUAUCAUGUACUACUUAAUGGAGAAACUCAAUGGCACUCUAACAGAAUGGGAUAAAACUCAUGACAUUAAAGUCUACAAGAACCUCAACAAUAAUCAAACUACAGUCAGUUUUGCCUACUACCCACAGUUCUGGUUAACGGCUAGUGAUAGACCAGUGUUUGAUAAAGCAUUAUAUCAACUCAUACGACAAUCUGUGCCGUUAGAGAAUAAUGAGAAUACAGUGUUGGUUGUUGGAGGAGUACAUUGGUUAGCCACUCAUCAUAUGAAGGUUCUCCAACAGUCGUUAGUAAGAGAGGGCUUGAGUGAUAUCAGGCGUGUAAUGAAGAGUCUUGGUGCUGGUUUUCAUCAACCAGUAGAUGGAAUACACUGCCUCUCACUGCAAGAACAGCGUAAAGUCUUCCACCACAAUCAGGGAAUCUUAAACUAUGCAAAAGGUGUUGGUUUUGAUGUUGUGGAUACAUUCAACAUAACCAUGGCAAGGUAUAGGGAGUUCCUACAGGGCAAAUGUGCUUGCCACUUUCACAGGGUUACUGAAGUCAUUCCAAAAGUCAACACAACUUCCAGCAGUAACACAUUAGAGGCUUUGUGGCAGUAUCUUCACCCAUCACCCCAAGGUGCAAUAAAUAAGACACUAGAUCAACAACAGAGGGCUCACUUUCAUGUGACUGGGGAAAUUAAUGCAAUAUAUUCUGAAAUUUUGAUAAGUAGGAUAUGUGGUGUCUAAUUCAGGCCUGGAAUUUCAUCUUUAAGAGGACAAGGCCAUUUGCAUUUUGCCAAAUCUGAAAAUCUGGGAGUGUUGUAAGCUUUUGAAGGGUCUUCAAGGCCCAGACCAUGUCAUUCCUAGCCUGCUCAUUUCAAAUGAGUUCAAGACAAGGACCAACAUAAUUAAAUACCUAUGUUCAAUAUUGGUAAGCUGUUACACCAGUUGACCAUUUGGACAAAAUGGUAUCAACUUAAUUUAUUGUAACCCUAUGCUAUACUUUGACAAAUUAUUCAAAGAUCUUGGAUACUUGAAAGAAAAACCUAUCUUAAAAGAGAUAUGCUCCUAGACUAUAAAUGAACAUUGUCUUUGGUGGGGUCAGAAGAGCAUAAAACUUCUUCAUGUUUGUACUGGAGGUUUGUGGUUAAUAUCAUUUAUAAAUUAUAAAAGGAACAUCAAGGACCAAUUGCACAGAAUGCACUGAUGUGUAAAUGGACCACUAAAAACUGUUUUCUGGCUACCAAAGAAAUGUUUUAUACCAGGUGUUUGAUAUGCAUAGAUGUUCAGACUUUUAUAAUCAUUAUUUAGUGUUGAAGAAACACAGCGACAUCUAAGCAACAUGUAAAGCAACAAUCGUGUGCCCCUGUUUGCUCUGUUUUAUCCAUACAUUAUGUCAAUUCAUAGUGACUAUAUCAAGGCCAUCAUGAUGCAAGCUAAAUGAUUUAAAACUGGUACAUUAUAUAUGCAGUUUACCUAAAAUGGAUUAGUCAAUAUAAUAGCUUUGUUGGGUGGAUGAACACAUUUUUUUAAAUAAAAAGUUUAUUUUGUAAAGUGGUACAAUCAAAGACACAGAAAUGUUAUUCAAAUGUUUUAAGUGACUCGAGUAAUCAAUGAAAUCGUUUCGACAGAAUUCAUCUGAUUGUAUUCAACAUUGACUUCUUUAUGGGUUAAAUCUUCACUUUCUAGAAGGUAUUUUAAUAACCAAAUAAUAUAUUUUUCAUGAACUCUUUUAAUAUUGUAACAUCAGUGAAGGUGUUGAUGAGCAAGUCAUUUUAAAUGUCCAGUUUUAUCUUAUAAACUUGCUCAUUGCAGUGUGUGAAAGUUUUGGGGAAAUGUUGAGAAUUUGUAAUAAAUAAACUUGACCCCCAUUGGAAAAAACAACAUAUUUUGCCAAAUUAUAAUCCAUAGCUGUUAAUUAACAACUCAAAACUGUAUUGUGUAAAUAAGAUUUAUAUAUUUAUAAAGAUCUUUUUAUGACCAUUUAUGCACAUUAUCAUGUUUACAAUAAAUAAAUUAAACUAAAAGACCCCAGUAAAUUAUAAGCACUUGCCAAAGUGAGUAUUCACCAGAUUCAAACCAAGACGGUGGUUUGGAGGAAUCAAGUCGCUCUGUUUUGUCAAUUUUCAUAUUGCUGAUUCAGUGAGUACAGUAGGUAGACUCACAACAAUUAACACUAAAUAGACAGAGGUCUGCCAGCUAAACCACCAUGUAUUGUACUUUCAUUUUGUUGGUUGAUUUUAUAUAUCAGAACCCUGACUAUUCAGUGUGCACUAGAGAUGUUUGCAAUUUUUCUUAAAGAUUGAGUUUGUCCUUAAAAUAUAAACAUGUGUAAAUUGUACAGUAUUUUAAAUAACAAUAUAAAUCCAAAGGAAUUUAUUAAAACUGCUGAAUGAAAACUUGGAAGUUUCAUAUCAUUCUGUCUUAAACCCAUAAUAAAUGUAAUAAAACCUCACGAUUCCAAUGUCUAGUUUGUGAUUGAAGGCAUUGGACGAAAAUAACAAGAAAAUGUUCUUGCGCUUUUUUUUAUUGUUGGUUAAUUAAUGAACCCACACAUAUUAAGGGGUUAAUUUGGGCUAACUGAUUCAGUUUAACUGUUAUUUUAUUAGCGUCUAUUGUGAAUAAUCUUUUAAUAUGAGUGGGUGUAGGGUUUUGAGUUGCAGCGCUUACAUUGCACUUUAAUAUUGCAGCAGGCAUAUAUAGUAUGAUCAAUAAUGGAUCAUGCCAACCCGUAAAGGAUUUAUAUAUAUUUUUUUUCAUUUGAGAAC